GAGCUCUGCAAGUAUACAGAAGAGCUUACAGAACGUCACCUUCCUCCUAUAAGGCAAAUGGUUCAAAAUUUUGCAGCUGAAUCGGUGCACAUUGCUGUUUCUGACUCCUGGGUGUUGCGCUUCCUUGACCGUCACCGCGACACUCUCCUCUACAAAUGGACCACUGCUGUA